UUCAGUGAGGUGGCUACUUGGGCGUGUGUGCGAGUUCCUCUUCCACCUCCUGGCUCUGCUCCCCAAUCCCCAUUCUUGCUGAAACCCUAGCUACUCCAAUUUGUAUCCUGGAUGGAUCUGGUGUUCCGGAGUUGAGAAUCGAGUGCUAGUUACCUAGGACCAUAUCAUCCGCCCAUCUUCCGGCUCUCGCGGCGGCGACUUACCGGCCAGCGCCGACGACGCAUGGCUCCCAGGAAGAAGCGCAAGAGUGCGCCGCCGGAGACGGUGAGCACCACCGUCCACGACCUCCCCGACAGUCUCCUACAGUACGUGCUCUCCUUCCUCCCAGCGCAGGCGGCUGUUCGGACGUGCGUGCUCGCCCGGCGCUGGCGCCACCUUUGGAGGUCCACCACAGGCCUGCGCAUCGUAGGCCUUGAUGACGAUGAGGAGAAUGUCCCAGUCCAAGACCUCCGGAAAUUCGUGGAACAUCUGCUGAUGCUGCGCGAGCGCACCGACCUAGAAAGUGUUGAGAUGAAAUUCUACAGUUGCUCUGAAGGCGAAAUGCCCUAUGUGAAUCUAUGGAUCCGUUUUGCUGUGAUUUGCAAAGUUCGGGUGCUCACCCUUCAUAUCCUUGAGGAUGAUUACCUCCCCCUAGACGACAUGCCUCUUGUGUCUCUGCACCUGAAAACAUUGGACCUUUAUGGUCUAAUCCUACAAAAGAGCUUUCUUGAUUUUGCUAGCUGUCCAGCAUUGGAGAAUCUGAAGAUGAAUGAUUGCAAAAUCAAUGGUUGGAAGAUAUCGUCCCUUUCCCUAAAGCAUUUGAGCAUCACUAGUUGCUUCUGUGACCCAGAUUCCCGGCUCAGGAUUUCCACUCCAGGCCUUGUCUCUUUGAAACUAGAUUGCUUUGUGGGUAAAACCCCUUUUCUUGAAAACAUGCCGUUGCUACAGACUGCAUGUGUGAAUCUUGGCAAAGGCUGCAAAGAUGUCUGUUUGAAUUAUAACUCUGGUGUCUUCUGUGGAGCUAAUAAGAACGGAUGUGGGAAUUGUCUAUCAAAAAACGAUGGCCGCAGCAAUUCAGUGCUUCUGGGUGGGAUGUCAAGUGCUAAACAUCUUGAACUGAUAUCUGAAUUGGGAAAGUUCAUUUUCACAAGAGAUUUGAAUUGCCGCCCUACAUUUAGUAAGUUAAAGACUUUAUUGCUCAAUGAGUACUGGUGCGAGGCUCCUGACCUGGGUCCACUAGCUUGCAUUCUACAAAAUUCACCAGUUCUAGAGAAGCUCACUCUUCAACUUUUCUCCAAGGGACCAGAUCAUAAAGUGGAAAUGAAAGGAAGGUACAGUCCAAUGGAGGGUCCGUCUGCAAUAUCAGAGCACCUAAACAUGGUUGAAGUCAAGUGUAAUGUGGUCGACGAGAAGAUUCUCAAAGUCUUGAAGCUCUUGUCUGCAUUUAACAUACGUUUCGGUUUCUUGUAAGGGUGAGAUGAUCUGGAUUGUCGAUGGAUUUACCAUCUCUUGACUAUUCAGAAAUGGAAGGUGCAAGUAUGUGCUGCGACAAGGUUUCCGUCGUUUUGGUGUGUGUGCAUCUGAUGCCAAUUCUACCGAACAAAGGAAUAGUGCAGAAUUCGGAUCAUGUAACUUGUCAACUCUAGACUUUGUUUUAUGGUGUCUUGUAAUUUCUGUUGCACUUUUGGUUCAUGGACUGCAGGUUAGUACGAGCACUCGCUUGGUAUGUCUUUUCUGGCUUCGGUGCAUAACUUGUUGUGUUAUGAAUUAUUCGCCUGCUUUCUUGUUCCUCCUAUUUGAUCUCUGCUAACUUUGCUGGUCCAGAGGGGAGGUGGCACCCUUGGAUGUUGCGUCUUGGGGAGCACCGUGCCAUUCUGCGUCUAUUUAGAGCAACUCUAGCAGAUGUGCCAAAUUCCGACCCGUAAAAUCGUUUUACGGUUCGCCCUAAAAUGAUUUUGCAGGCACUUAAACCCCAGCACAGAACAAAUCUUGCAAACCAUACUCUAAAUUUGAAAACUUAAACAUAGUUUUGUUCCCGCUACAUAGUCUGUCUGGAGCACACCAGAGAUCAUCAACAUAGGUAAACAAAAAACUAGAUAAAACUAGCUUGACGUCGGAGACCCGCCACGGGCCCCAUGUCACCUCUGUGUCGCCAGAGCUCAAUUCAAAUUCCAUCUCCUUUUGCCUUUUUCCCAAGCACUUCUUCAUUCUUCAGGCUUAAAUCCAGAAAGUAGGAAGUUAGUAAGAGCAGAGCAAGCAUACCCUGAAAUCAACGUGUUCAGAUUUGGGAUGUUGUAAUGCCCGUUGUGCUCUUUCAGAGCAAAAAGCGUUCACGUUUUUCUUU